CCAAUGCACAUUUUCACAAAGGAGAAAGUUCUAUUGGGAUGCCACAUACUUUGUUUUGUUCUAGCAGGUAUGCUGUCGAUAUUGAUAAUAAAAAUACUGCUUUGCAGUUUGUGGGGUGCAAAGCAAACAUCUGCUGUCUUUAAUCUAACAUCUAGCCCUCUUCUUGCAACUGCCAAACUGAAUGAUACUGAAUCUGAGAUGACGAAACAAACACCUACUGUUUUACCAAAUCUAGACAUUGGGACAACUGAAACUGAUCCGGUCACACAUGGUGGGAUUCAAGAAAGCUCCCAGACUGCGGUAACAUCUACUGUAAUGCCUACUUUAAACAAUGUAGCAGAUGGAGUGGAAAAUAGUGUUACACUAAAGGGGCAACCUCCAAUCACUAUUGAUCCCAGACAACCAAUUAGUUUAGAUGGAUUCAACAUAACCACCAGUGAGAAUGCUUUCCCUGUGCUCGACAGUGCUUCCAUAGAAACUGCAAACAAUACCACUUUAAUCCCAUUACUACAGCCGAACAAUGACCAUCCAUAUGGAGAUCCCUCAGGUUCUGUCUUGGAAAUACCCGACAACACAACAGAUAAACAGUGCUUCUGUAAUAUUCCAGGACCUGCAGGACCAAAGGGAGACAAAGGUGAAAAAGGGGAUCCAGGUGAACAUGGAAUACCAGGUGGUACAGAACUUCAGGGAUUGAAAGGAGCUACAGGAGAACCUGGGGACAGAGGACCAAAAGGAGAAAAAGGUGACAAAGCUGAACCAGGAGAAAUAGGUCCCAUUGGGCUAAAAGGUGAGCCAGGGGAUCCCUGUUUCAUGUGUAUCAAAGGAGAAAAGGGAAAUAGAGGUAUUCCUGGUGGUGAUGGUUUCACAGGACCGAAAGGUGAAAAAGGUCAACCAGGUGAUAAAGGCAUGGAUGGAGAAAAAGGAGCUAAAGGGAAUCCUGGAGAAAAGGGUGCAGAAGGCCCCAAAGGAAAGACUGGAGACAUAGGACCAAAAGGCUCCAUUGGACCUAGUGGUCCUGUCGGCCCAAAAGGUGAUAGAGGAAAUAUGGGUCCACCAGGAUACCAAGGACUAACAGGGAUGCCCGGAAGAAAGGGAGAUAAAGGUCAACCAGGAGGAAAUAAAGAUCAUGAUAACAUUGCAUUUUCAGUUGGCCUAAGAUUGCAGAGAAAUUCUUUGAGCCCAGGUCAACCUAUUAAAUUCAAUAAUGUUUUUACUAAUGAAAAUAGUAUAUACAAUAUUAGGUCUGGCAUAUUUGUUGCCAGUAUUGAUGGUAUAUACUUUUUCACAUACCAUUUAAGUAUUUCAGGAAGGUCUCUCACUGUUGGUCUAUUUCAUAAUGGUAUUAUAGCUCUGCAGACACAAGUAAAGCAACACGAACAAAACAUUUGUCAAACAACUGGAUCCAUAAUACUUCGCCUACAUGAAGAUGAUGAAAUUUGGCUUCAGGUAUUAAGCAGAACAGAAAACAUCUUGGUAACUGAAGAAAUGACAGAUUCUGUAUUUUCAGGAUUUUUAGUGAUAUUCAAGAACACUAUUCAUGAUAAAAGCAAAGGUAUAAGAGAUAUGAAAAUGGGAACUUUAUCUUGGCCAACAGCUACUUUUAUAACUGUUGUUGCUACUGUGUAUUUAGAAGCUAAAACCACUCAACCAUCAAAGUACACUAAGAAAACAUAUAAUAUGGAGAUCGUCAAUGCCUUCGAGACAUCACUUGCACCACCCACCGAGGAGACUGUUUUUACUGACAUGCCAGAAACAAGUGAUACCACUUCUGAACUAGCUACAUUAAAUGCAGAUUUCAGAACAGCUACCACUCUUUACCCGUUUGAUAAUUUUACUCUAGAAACAGCAGAUUUCUUUUUUAACUGCUGUGAUUGUUGCACACCCAUGGCUGGACCAAAAGGGGACACAGGAGAUGUUGGACUCCCAGGUCUAAAAGGAGACACUGGGGACAUGGGAUUGCCAGGACCACAUGGACCAUCCGGCCCUCCUGGAGCAAAAGGUUAUAAGGGAGAUAAGGGGGAGAAAGGGGAGCAUGGAGAGCAAGGACCUGGUGGAAGCCCAGGAAUUCCAGGAAGGGCAGGAGAAACAGGUGAAAUAGGUGCAAAAGGUGAAAAAGGAAAUCUUGGACUUGCUGGUGUUAAAGGACAGAAAGGAAACAAAGGAGAUAUUUGUGAAAAUGGUACAAAAGGAGACAGAGGAGAAAAAGGGGAACAAGGUUUUAUAGGUGUAGAUGGAGAAAAAGGAGACAAGGGUGAGAAAGGAGAUAUUGGUGAUAAAGGGUAUUCUGGAGAUAUUGGAGAUAAAGGAGAUAUGGGAGAGAAAGGAGAAAGGGGAUUAAAGGGGGAUAAGGGGAUUAAAGGUGACACGGGAUUUAACGGAAUAAAUGGUUUAGAAGGUGGACGUGGUGAAAAGGGAGAGCCAGGCAUGAAAGGGGAGAAAGGAGAGUUGGGUCUCCCUGGUUUAACUGGCCCACCUGGACCUAAGGGAAAUUAUGGCAGCAAGGGAAUUCGAGGAACACCUGGAAAAAAAGGAUCGAGGGGAUUAAAAGGAUCAAAGGGCGAUUCGCCAAAGCCUAUAAGGUCUGCUUUUACUGUAGGUUUAUCAAAGCCUUUCCCAGCACCUAAUGCACCUGUAAAAUUUGAUAAAAUAUUGUACAAUGAACAAGAAGAAUACAACCCUUCUACAGGAAAGUUUAAUUGUACCAUAUCUGGUACCUAUGUGUUUGCAUUCCAUGUGACAGUUCGAGGUCGCCCAGCUCGUAUCAGUAUUGUUGCCCAAAAUAAGAAAAUUUUUAAAAGUCGUGAAACCCUGUAUGGUCAAGAAAUAGACCAGGCCUCGGCUAUGUUGGUGUUAAAAUUAAAUGUUGGGGAUCAAGUCUGGAUGGAAGUUUCGAGAGAUUGGAAUGGUAUUUAUGUCAGCAAUGAUGAUGACAGCAUUUUUACAGGAUUUCUGUUGUACCCUGACGAUCCUGUUGAGACUGAAUUAGUCCGAUAAAGAAAGUAAACCUUAUUAUACAGAUUAGUUGUUAUCUUUAUAUAACAACUCUAAUUAUAUAGAAGGGACAGAAGAAUGUUUUCAAAAGUAGAAAUAUUGUUGAAGUCAGUAUUUUAAACAGUGGAUGAUUCCAAAAUUACUGGUCAUCACUUAAUGUUAUUAUAAGGCUUGUUUAAAUCAGUAUGUAUGUACCAUUUAAGAUCUGCUAGACAUUUAUAACUUAUUGCCAAUAUUUGUAAUAAUUCAAUGCUGACUCAAAUGGAAGAUUUUAUAUUAAAUCAAUGAUUGCAGCAGGGGAGUAAUCAUGUAGAUAUUAAAACUAACUGUAAUAGUUUCUCAAUAUUGUGUACAACAAAAAUCACUAAUAAACAUGGUUUAUGGAAGAAUGAAUACAUCUGUCACCUUUUAAUGUUUUAGUAGUUAUGGUUGUGUAACAAGUUAUACUAUGUUAUUAGUGAGAAAACUACCCUCACUUACAAGAAUGGUAAAAUGUUUGUAGCUUGAUUUUUACACUGGAUGCAAUUAGAAAUAUACAAUUUAGAACAGUAAUUAAGAGACUUCAAAACAGAUUCAAUGUGCACUUUUAGAGGUAAUAAUUAAAGGUCAGUUGGAGGAAAUAAAAGUUCAUACAACAUCUUUGCAGAUAUGUUGAACAUCAGUCCCAGUCAAAUAAAUGAGACUUGUGCCCUAUACAGAUCUUUUCAUAAGAACUUGCCCUUAAUGAAGCUUCCUUAAGCAUCUCAUCAGUAGUAAGUAGUAAAAUAUAUAUUUUUUUGUUAAUUAAUUUGCGUGUUGCCUUUUCAUAAAAAAAGAAGCCAAAAGUUUCUGUGUUUUGUAAUAAAAUAUAUAAGGCUAUGCUGGCCAGUGAGCAAUGGAUGUGACAAUUUUCUACUCAAUUUUUCAAGACCAACUGAUAAAAGAUGCAGUCUUGAAAUCCCAUGGGAAGAAAUGAAACAUGUGAUGCCUUAGGAUGCACAUGAAAUGAUUCAUUGUCUAAUCUAAGAACGUUGUAAAUACAGCAAUGAUUCAUUGCUUUAAUAUUUCUCAUUGGCAAGGGUCACCUUUGAGGACACAUCCAUAGAAGGACCUAUGUGGACUCAAAGAUAAUGUAAAACAACAGUCACACGUAAUUAUCCAGUUGCUAAGGUAUAGCUAUGCAUAAAAAACACAAGCCAACUUCUAUGCUACCUUGAAAUCUCAUGUUCGUUAUCAGAUGUUACAAGUGUGCCAUUAAUUCUUUGAAAAAUAAAAAUAUUUUCUUGA